AUGGCGAACAACCCCGAAGGACCUGCAGAUGAUUCUGCUCCCAACUAUGCCACGAUCGUUGCGUCUUGGUCACCCGAGGAGCGAGCGUCCAGGGAGAAGAAGCUUCUUAGAAAGAUUGAUCUUAGGCUACUUCCUAUCUUGAUAUUGAUGUACAUCAUGAAUUAUAUCGAUCGAAACGCGCUCCCUCAAGCCAAAGUCCAAGGCCUUGCUGCCGACAUUGGCCUCGCCGGAGUCGAAUACAACAUUGUGCUCAGCCUGACCUUCAUCGGCUACAUCUUGAUGCAAGUGCCCAGCAAUAUGAUCCUGGGCUUGACAAGGCCUAGUAUAUAUCUAUCUGGUGUCAUGGUUCUAUGGGGUAUUGUCAGCGGCUGCACCGGCGCAGUCCACAACUUCGCCGGCAUCGCUGCAUGUCGCUUUUUCCUUGGGAUCGCAGAGGCUCCCUUCUUUGCCGGGGUCGCGUUCCUCUUCUCCGGAUGGUACACGAGGGCAGAACUAGGGCUUCGCCUGGGCAUAUUCUUCUGUGCUGCCAUGCUGAGCGGAGCAUUUGGUGGACUGUUCGCGGCUGGUAUUGCUGCUGCGUUCAAGGACAACGCGAUUGCGAGUUGGCGCUGGCUGUUCAUCAUCGAGGGAGCAGCCACAGUAGUGUUUGCCUGCGCAACCGCAUUCGUGAUCCCAGACUGGCCGGCAACGACAAGGUGGCUGACUGAGGAGGAGAAGGCUCUCGGAGUGGUACGGCUCAUCGAAGAUGCCGGCGAGGAGGAGUCGGAGAUCAAGACCUGGCACGCAUUCAAGAUGGCCGCCAAAGACUACAGAGUCUGGCUCUGCAUCGCCAACCAGAUGUGUUUGCAGGCCGUUGCCUCGCUCACAAACUUCCUUCCCACUCUCGUCAAGAACUUUGGGUUCAGCACAAUCCAUACGCUCUUGCUAACUGCACCGCCAUACCUCUUCACAGCCUGCUUCUGCCUGUUCAACACCUGGUAUUCCGACAAGACCAGCCGACGCUCCCCGGACAUUGUGUACCCAACCCUCGUCGCCAUCGCCGGCAUCGUCAUCACGAUCGCAACGACCAACGUCGGCGCCCGCUACUUUGCGCUCUUCCUCAUGCUGCCCGGCACAUACGGUUGUUUCCAGAUCUCCAAUGCGUGGAUGGCCAACAUUGCGGCCCGUCCCAAGAAGAAGCGUGCCAUUGGCCUGGCCAUGAACAAUUCCAUCGGCAAUCUGGCUCUUGUCUGGACUCCUUAUCUGUACCCGGACAGUGCCGGCCCGAGAUACACCACUGCUUGGGGCGUCAACUUGGCACUAUGUGUCGUGACGCUGGCAUCGACCUUGAUCCUCUCGUUCUACCUGAAGAGAGACAACAAGAAGAUGGAGGAGCUCGAGUCGGACGGCUAUACAUUGGAGGCCAGGGAUGUGGAGGGGAAAUUCCAGGCGGCUGCGCACCAUCAUGAGCAUCCUGCCGGAGCUGGGAAGCUGGCCAGGUACCAGACGUAG